AUGUCACAUUUUUGCAAGAACGAGCACAGUAUUCUGAUGACCUGUGCCAACUUUGCCUUCGAGGCUGAACAGCUUACGGAGGAUGAUAUUGGUGACUUCUCGGCCAUAGCAUUUGGCAAUGCAUCUACUGCGGCACCCCCGGACGACGAUGACACACCGGACUGUAGAGAAUACCCGGGAACACCUAACUGGCCUCUCGGUGAAGAAUGGUCGCGGCUGAACAGCUCGCUAGGAGGAGCCUUGAUCAAGGGAGUCCCGCCUGCGGCAGUAUGUUAUGACGGACCUUACAAGGACGAAGCUGCGUGUACUUAUCUCACGUGGAACGCAACUUUUACUCGCUUUUACAUGAACGAUCCGGUCACAGUAUUUUCGGAAUGGCCCGAGGGAGAUACCUGCCACACAAUGUUUGGGCAGCAAACUGGCGAGAAUUGUACCCAGGGUGCUUUCCCUGUCUAUGUUGUCAACGCCACGACGGUGAGGCAGAUCCAAAUCGCUGUUAAUUUUGCCAGGAAUAGGAACCUCCGACUCGUCAUCAAGAACACCGGGCACGAUUUUGUCGGUCGAUCGUCCGGCUUCGGAAGUCUCAGUAUCUGGACACACUGGCUGAAAGACUUCGAAUUCCUACCCCAUUAUCGAAUCGGGGCGUACAAUGGCAGGGCAGCUAGAGUCGGUGUUGGCAUUGAGAGCUGGGAGAUGUUCGCAUACAUGAACCGCUAUAAUAUGACGGCACUAGUUGCGGGAGGCUAUACCGUUGGAGCAUAUGGGGGUUGGAUAGCAGGUGGCGGACACUCUGCCUUAGCUUCCAAGUACGGCCUUGGUGCUGAUCAAGCUCUGUCCAUCCAAGUAGUGACGGCCGACGGCAGAUUCGUCACCGCCGAUCCGCAUCAGAAUACAGACUUGUUCUACGCGCUGCGAGGUGGUGGAGGGAGCACUUAUGGCGUCGUAACGUCCUUCAUAAUCAAGGUUCACCCGCCGACAAAAGUUCUAACAUCGUCCAUAGCCUUCUUUUCAGGUGGCCUCAAUAUCUCUGGACCGAGUGAUACUAAAAGGUUCUGGGAGGGUUUCGAUCUAUACCAUGAAUUCGGUAAGAAAAUAGUCGACAAUAGCGGUACAGCAUGUUAUGUGUCUCGCCUUUUCGGUAACAGCAGCUUCAGCUUCACAGCAGACAUCGAACUCCCGAACGUGUCAGAAGAAUACCUAUUCGAAUUUGUGCAACCACUGGUGAACGACUUAAAUGCGAUCGGACUAAAUGUAACUAACCAGAAGCCGCAUCCGGCUACAAACUGGGCGUCUCUCACGGAGGGCACAGGCGAUAUCCCGGGCAGUUCGCGCUUCGGCAGCCGUCUGUGGCCGCGCGCCAACUUCGAGGACCCGGACUUGUUUAAGGCGACACAGCUCGCGAUCCGGGAGUCGAUCGAAGCGGGCUACACGUUCCACGGGAUCCACAUGAAGCCGACCGAAGAGGUGGCAGGAUACCCAGGCAACAACGCGGUCAACCCGGCGUUCCGCAAGGCCAUCAUACACGCCGACUUGUACGACUACUCGAUGCUACGGGGCUUGUCGCCAGCCGCUUUCAAGGCGACGCACGCGCAGCUGGCUAGCGCCAUGGAUAAGUGGCGGGCGGUGUCGCCGGGAGCGGGCGCAUAUUUUAACGAGUGCGACGUCCAGGAGCCGAACUGGCAACAGGCCUUCUUCGGGAGUAACUACGGGAGACUGCUGCGGAUUAAGCGCCGACAUGACCCCUGGGGAGUGUUCUACGCGCCGACGACGGUCGGUAGCGAGGACUGGGUGGUGCUUACGGAGGAUGAUAUGCCUACGCAGAAUGGGCCGUUGUGUAGAGCGGAUUCGGUAGUGGCGAGGAGGGGAUUUAGAAAGGUGAAGUAG